AAGAGGUGUCCAGGAUAAAGGCCGAGGUCCCGAGGCUCACCUACCCUGCUCUCUGCUUCCUUCUCUCCACCUCUUUUUCUGUGCUUACCGCUCCCAUGGCCCCCAAAAAGCCAGAUCCCAAGAAGGAAGAGCCCAAGCCAGCCCCAGCUCCUGCCCCCGUCCCCGAGCCUCCCAAGGAGGACGUGUUUGAUGCCUCCAAGGUCCAGAUCGAGUUUACAGCGGAACAGAUUGAAGAGUUCAAGGAAGCCUUCAUGCUGUUUGACCGCACGCCCGGCGGUGAGAUGAAGAUCACGUAUGGACAGUGUGGGGACGUCCUGCGGGCACUGGGCCAGAACCCCACACAGGCCGAGGUGCUCCGUGUCCUGGGGAAGCCAAAGCCGGAAGAUCUUAACUCUAAGAUGAUGGACUUCAACACGUUCCUGCCCAUGCUCCAGCACAUUGCCAAGAGCAAGGACACGGGCACCUUCGAGGACUUCGUGGAGGGACUGCGGGUCUUCGACAAGGAGGGCAAUGGCACGGUCAUGGGCGCCGAGCUCCGCCACGUUCUGGCCACGCUGGGUGAGAGGCUGACAGAAGAAGAGGUGGACAAACUGAUGGCGGGGCAAGAGGACUCCAACGGCUGCAUCAACUAUGAAGCGUUCGUGAAGCACAUCAUGGCCAGCUGAGCCUGUCACCCCAGGGAUCCUGGGGAGGCCACAUGGGGGACAGCGGGCGAUGCUGACAUCCGUGGCCUGGAGCGGCGGGGAGGAGGGGGCGCAUCGAGGCUCGUGCGGCAGCUCCCUCCGUGCACCCCUGCAGACCUGUCUGUGUGGCUGUCACCUCCCACCCCGUCAGGCUGCAUGCGCCUGUGCCUGCCUCUGUCCCCAUAUCACCCAUGGGCCUACGAAUAAAUGUCUUUUUUCCUUC